AAUUACAAGGAGAUUAUGUACUUGACAAUUACCUCGAACUGCCCACACUCGCCGUGAUAUCAAAGACACCUUGAUCAGCUUGCCACUGUCAGCCUGGUCAUAUAUUGCAUCGUGGACCGUCAACCUUUGACAUUCACUGCUCUCCGAGCAACACAAUUCUUUCGUGAAAGCCGCUGAAACACCAGGAGCUGUUGCGCUCCCAUCCUGUGUGUACUCGACACUGUUACUAUACUUAGCUACCAAGGUUUCACUCCAGCGCAUCCACUACCAACACUCGCCACCAUGCCUGGCCGUCUACUUUCCAGCUUUGUCCGCCCUUCCAUCUCUCACCAUUCAUCCGUCUCUAACUCCAACACCUCGUCUUCCUCGUCCGUGAACGAGAUUCCGAACAACACGAUGGCCUCCAAGAAACCAUCCACCCAUCUGAGCGCUGACCGAGCCCGCUCACCCGAACGUCGGCUAUCGUUCGCCAUGGAGCAUCUCAUUCAUCCCCACCGAGACCACAGCAAAGAGAAGCGCCGAAGCCAUGGCCGUUCUGCCCGUUCCAAGGAGCGUGCCGCUCACGAUCACAGUGCCCAUGCCUCCGCGAAGCUUGAUGUUAUCGUUGAAUCCCCGCCCCUCGUCUGCUACGGAACCCCGGCCAGUUCAACUGGCGCCUUGUUCUCCGGCCGUCUCAAGAUCACCGUUACUGAAUUAGCCGGCAUGAUCACGCUUGAUACUUUUGACAUGCGUCUAAUGAGCAAAUUGACCACCAAGAAACCAGUUUCGAGGGAUUGCUCCAACUGUGCUUCGCGAACCGAGGAGUUGACUCACUGGAAUUUCCUGACCGAGCCCCUCGCCCUCAAGAGCGGCGACCAUGAGUUCCCCUUCAGCUACCUCGUCCCCGGCCAUUUGCCCGCUUCAUGCAACGGCUCGUUGGGUCAGAUUGAAUACUUCCUCUCUGCACGUGCCCGCACCAUCGCUGGGGAAGAGUUCACCUACAAGAUGCCACUGCACAUCAAGCGUGCUAUUCUCCCCGGCAACGAUAAGUCUUCCAUUCGGAUCUUCCCUCCUACCAACCUUACCGGCCGCAUUGUUCUUCCAUCUGUCGUUCACCCCAUUGGCACUUUCCCCGUGCAGAUGACCUUGAGUGGAGUAGUCGAUAAAGGUGAAGAGACUCAAACCCGCUGGCGUUUGCGCAAGAUGAUGUGGCGGAUUGAGGAACAUCAGAAGAUCGUCUCUACAGCCUGCGCCAAGCAUGCACACAAGAUUGGCGGCGAGGGCAAGGGUGUUCUGCAUCAAGAGACCCGGAUCAUUGGUCACAACGAAGAGAAGGAUGGCUGGAAGACCGAUUUCGACACCGCCGGCGGUGAAAUCAGUAUGCAAUUUGAAGCCAGCAUCAACCCGUCUUGCAACCCUGUGUGCGAUCUCGAAGCCUCCGGCGGUCUGGAAGCGCGCCACAACCUCGUCAUCGAAUUGAUCGUCGCAGAAGAAUUCUGCCCCAACCGCAACACGAGACUCAUCACCCCCACCGGCGCAGCGCGCGUUCUGCGCAUGCAGUUCCACUUGCACGUCACUGAACGAAGCGGGCUCGGUAUCAGUUGGGACGAGGAAAUGCCGCCAGUGUACGAGGACGUUCCUGCCAGCCCCCCGGGCUACACUAUGCUGGACGGAAGCAGCAUUAUGGAAGACUACCACGGAUCUCCUCUACACCUCCCGGAGUACGAAGAGCUCGACCGCAUGGAGUCUCUGCGCCUAGAUAGCGACUCAACACACUCAUCCUCGACGCGCAGUCGAACACGUCUCACACCCGAUGACUUGUCGGCCGAACCGGCAGAGUUCGACACGAGAAACCCCGCUGCUUCUCCUGGCGAUGCCUAGGUCUAGAUCGAGACCGACUCCAUUACGCCGCUUUUACCCCGCAUUCUUCAACUAUUGGGACUCAACCUCCCGAUGCCUUAUGAUUUAUGACUGCUUACGAACUCAAAAUGAUUUUCAACUCAGCUCCGGGGAAUAUUCCUGUCCUGAUGCACUCUCAACAGUUCCUCGAAGAUUGGGA